AUGGACGGGCAGCAGCAUGUGGAUCCGAGCCAGGGAAACGUUCCACCUGAUCGGAAUCAGCAUCCGAACGGACAUCCAGAGUUCCUCCAGCAGCAGCAGCUGCCUCCUCAAGCUCCGCAAUGGCACAAUCCGGGAAACAGUCCACCCGGCCAGCAUACGCAGUAUCGCCAGCAGCCGAUUUACCCUCCAGGGAUGUCGGCAGACAAUGUCAUCGUGCAAAUCUUGCAACAACUGCAGCAGCAGCAGGCAGUCACGAACCAGCUUCUUCAACAACAGCGCGAAUCCGCCCAGCAACAACAGGGGUUUCUGCAGCAGCAGGAAGCGCUUUUCCGGAAUGCCAUGGCUUCUAUCAAUGUCAGCGUUCCGCCAAAUCCAGAAGCGAUUCUGGACUCUUUAGCUGGUAACAUCAAAGAGUUCCAGUUUGAUCCUGAGAACCACUGCACCUUUGCUGCUUGGUUUGCGCGCUACGAAGAUCUUUUCGCCAAGGAUGCGCAGAGGCUCGAUGACGAUGCGAAGGUAAGGCUACUUUUGCGUCGCCUGGGAACCAACGAGCACUACAGGUAUGUGAGCUACAUACUUCCCAGUACGCCGAAGGACUUCACAUUCGACGUCACAGUUCAGAAGCUCACAGCGCUGUUCGGGACCACGGAAUCAACGGUGAAGAAACGCUACAGCACGCUCACCAUCACUAAAGUCCCGACUAAAGAUUAUGCCACUUUUGCGUGUCGGGUGAACAAAAUGUGCGUAGAAUUCGAGCUGACGAAGAUGUCCGAGCAGCAAUUUAAGUGUUUGAUGUUCGUUUGCGGAUUGAAGGGAGAGUGCGACGCCGAUGUACGAACCAGGUUGUUGGCGAAGAUCGAGAGCAAUGAUGACGUCACCCUGGAAGCGAUGAUCGAGGAAUGUCAGCGGCUAAUUAAUUUGAAGAACGACACAGCGAUGAUCGACGGCCCAUCGGGACAGGUGCAAGCAAUCCAAAGAGGUCCACAGCAUCACAGUAAGUUCCGGAAGCGGUCAAACGAAAGGCGUAAUGCUCCACGAGCGCCAGAUGAGCAGAAGAAGGUACCAGCCACUCCGUGCUGGAAUUGCGGUGCGAUGCAUUUCUCAAACCACUGCAGUUUCCGGAAUCACCGAUGCACCGAAUGCAGGCAGUUUGGCCAUAAAGAGGGUUACUGCUCAAGUGCCAAGCGAUCGUCCAAGCCGAAGAAGCAGCGUAGCGGAAAGUUCUCCACCAAGACCAUCGCACUUACCGUCGGUAACGUACAGAGCAAGCGGCGAUUUGUGCAGGUGGAAAUCAACGGCGUACCUGUGCGUCUUCAGCUGGAUACGGCGUCGGACAUAACCAUUGUGUCCGAGCAGCAUCGAUUUGGAACACGAAUUCGCAUGUGA